GAAGAUAUAUGUACUAUAACAUAAUUUAUAAAAUACAAAAUUCACAACAAAUGAUCAAUGCAACUUUCUAUUGGUUAUCAAACGCCUUUUUCGUGCUCGUGCGGAUAGCUCUACUGAAGACAAAGCCAUUUCAAGCAGCGAAAUCGACCAAAGAAAUCCUUUUGUAUACCUGAUCACGUCGAUAAAAGCAAACAUGAAGAGGACGGACAAUCGACAUGCACUUUUGGAUAAAAAUAAUGACGCUGACUCGACAUCCAAAGUUGCCAUUCCUCGACAUCUUGGGCUUUUUGACUGCAUUUGGCACUUGAUUGGGUCGAUUAUUGGCACAGGCAUUUUUAUCUCUCCGACUGGUGUCCUUCGAGGUGCAGGAGGUUCCGUGGGUGUCUCCUUCAUCCUGUGGAUAGUAUGCGCCAUGAUCAACGCUGUGGCGCCCUCACGCUAGCUGAACUGUCCGUCAUCAUGAAGAAGUCAGGAGGGGACUUCACCUUCAUCUUGCAGGCAUGGGGACCCCUGAUGGCCUUUAUCCGACUAUGGGUGAUUCAGUUUAUCAUUGCCCCGAGUGGUGCAGCUAUCGGAGUAAUGACAAUAUCAAGAUACUUGCUGACUCCCUUUUUUCAGUGCGUGGAAGCACCUGUCGUAUCGCUACGCCUCGUAAGCGUCAUCUGCCUAUUGUUUGUCCAGGCCGUAAACUGUUUCAGUGUUCGUUUAGCAUCCAAGUUGGCUGGUGUGCUGAGUAUCACGAAGGUUGCCGGUCUGGUCAUCAUCAUCAUAACUGGGCUACAUAACCUGACACUAGGUCACACUGAACAUUUCCAGCACGCGUUCAACACUGGAUCCUAUGACGUCACUCUUCUCCCUACCGGUCUACUCUCCGGUAUCUGGGCGUACAGCGGAUGGAGUGUUAUUACCAGCAUAACCGAAGAAGUAAAGAACCCUCAAAGGAACAUCCCCCUUAGUAUCUUGAUCUCGAUGUCAUUGAUCACGGUGGUAUACCUCAUGACCAACGUCGCCUACCUUACUCUCCUCUCACCGAAUCAGAUUAUCACCUCCGAAGCUGUUGCAGCGGACUACAGCGUGCUAGCUCUUGGAAUCAAGUGGUCAUGGAUCAUCUGGCUGUUUGUCGCCCUCUCCGCCUUGGGAAGUCAAAACAGCGGUCUUUUCAAAUCGGCAAGGAUAAGAUUUGCCGCUGCGAGAGAGGGACACUUCCCCGAAAUCUUCUCCAUGGUUUCCAUCACUCGGCGGACCCCGCUCCCCGCCAUCUUGUUUUCCGUUAUCAGUCUCAUCUACUUGAUCGAAAACGACAUCAUCGCGUUGGUAGAGUAUCUGGGUUUCGCCGAUGUCGUAUUCGAAACGAUCACCGUGGCCAUUGUACCUUAUUACCGAUGGAAACAUCCGAAUCUUCCCCGUCCUUACAAGGUUCCACUUGUUCUGGCCUUCCUGUAUCUAGCUACGCUGAUUUUCAUCGCUAGCAUGUCUCUCUACGCUGAUCCAAUCAAGAAAGGUGCCGGUUUAUUUAUUGGAUUGAUUGGAAUUCCAAUCUACUACGCCCUGGUACACCCAAAUACAGGAUUAAGUGUCUCAGACCGGUUUCGGCAAAAAUAACGCGAUUACUUCAGAAGGUGUUCUAUUGCGUGCGACAGGAGAAGAAGACGUUCUAAAACGGAAUCCCGUUGAUUGAAGGGUCCCUAGAUCUCAUCGAUUACUUCUUGCAUUCCGUCAAAUUUCUCAGUCAUCUUGUGUGUUAUUUUGCAAAAUAAAACCAUUGACGAGAACCAACAAUCAUGACAAUAAGACCAUUCAAUGGUACUAUUGGACACAAACUGUGAUGAUUGAUGAAGCAUGCAUAUCAUUUAAGAUGAAUUCGUCGAAGCAUGGAAUACCCCGAAAAAAUUAUAAUACAAACCUAGCUUGUGGAUAAUUGGUUUAUCUGAAAGUUGGUAAUGAAAUACCUUCAGGGGGAAAAAAGGGAGAGUCUUUGUAAUCUAGCCAAUUUGUUUGAAUCCAAGCAUUGGCGUAUCUAUGAAGGGGGGGGGGGGGGGGGGGCGAGCAUUGAUUUCUUUUUCUUACUCAGCACACCCCUUGAGCAAAAAAACAAAAACACUUCCCUGUGUAAGCGCCUGCCUACGAUAUCCUAUCGAAAUAUAAAUGCGUACUUCUUAUUCACGUUUUCAUAGUUAAUAAUGCUGUAGUACAACAGUAUAAAAACCAGCAGUGUAAAUAAUUAUAUGGAUACGUUUCGCACACUUCUUACUGUACACACAAUUAACUUUAUUUACAGUUUUAUUAUCUCAACGUCGAUAGUUGUAGAGUAUAUUACUAGUACAUUAUAUUUCUAGUUAGGUAUGGCUGGGAUAUUUAUGGUACAAUACUAUUAAUAACAAAUGACAGGAUAUUAUGGAGAAGCUUAAUGAUAUCUAUAGUUCAUUAAUUAAUCUGAAAUUCAUAUUUUUCUUGCACAUUAUUUUGAAACAUUGUUGCCAAUGAACUUUAAAUAUUAUUGAUAUGCUUUGAAAUUUGUUCAUGUUAAAGGAUAUGCUGUUUCUGUAUAAACCAAUACAAUGUAAAUAAAACGAAAUGUCCACUGCCUGCCUCGCUAUGAAAAGGAUAAAA